AUAACGCGUUCAUGUGAGGCACCGCCAUCUACAUCGACAUAGCAUAAAUAUCGCAACCUCUUCUUUUCCGUAAACCUUUACAUUCGUUUUUUCUUUCCUCCCCUUCUUUCUCUAUUCUUUCGUUGCUUUUGAGUGCCGACGAAAACCCUAACAAUCUCCGAUCGCAAAUUUAACCUCAGUUGUUGAAUUCUACCGUCGCAAAAGAUACUAGAUGGCAGCCAAACCUCUUACUACCGAGGCAAUAGCGCUUACAGAAAAGAAGAUGGACAUGACAUUAGAUGACAUAAUCAAAAUGUCUAAAAAUACGAAUACUAAGAAGCAAAGAAGGGUUCCGAACAAAGCUCAGAAGUUUUCAAACAAUUUCGCUCAAGAUAAGACUGCAAAGGUCCAGCGUUAUAUGGAAUCCAGAUCUUCUCUUAGACAGGGGGCUCUUGCGAAAAGAAGAUCUAAUUUCAAGGGGAACCAAUUUCCUGCUGCACUUGAUGUUGCGCGAAAAGCUGCUACUGCUCCUCUGCAGAAUAGAGUUCCUAACCGUAAUAGGGUACCCAACUGGAAUAAACCAAGAUUUCGAGUUCCUGUUGGUCAAAGAAGGGCUGUUAAUGGAGGCUUUGCUGCUAAGCAGCAACCAAUUCCUUCCUCUCAGAAGCAGGUGGAGAAUGUGGAUAUAAUGCCAAAGCAAAAGCCUCAGACGCUGGAUUCGCUGUUUGCAAACAUGAAGGAGCAAAGAAUGAGAGUUCUGUCGAUGCAGAAUAAUGCUGUGCAGCGUAAUGGAAAUGGAUAUAGGAGGCUCCCGUGGGGAAGAGGUCGAUUUGGAAACUAAGAUGUUGAGUGAUGCAUCCACUUCUGAUGAUCUUGUGUCUCGGCCUGCUCUGUCCUUACUUAUGGGUUUUUGGUGCAAAUGAAAAAUUCUUUAGUGCCCUUUCAUUCCAACACUAGUUCUUCGGUUGGCGGCCGCACCACACAUUGUAUAUUAAGUUUCGUCCAUGACUUUAAUGUUUUCACUUGGAUUAUUAUGUGUGCUCUGCUCUUGUCUAUACGAGUUACAACUUAAUGCCAUUUCGGUACCAGCAUGAUUGGGAAUUACGCUAUUGUUUUCAA